AUGCACGCUCGCGCUAUCUUCCUUCUCGCAUCUGCCGUGCUCCCAAUCAUCGCGGCGCCCAUGCCCACCAGCAACAUCAGCCCUAUACCAACUGCCGAGCGCCGCGACGAUUCCUCCGUAUCCAACUUCUUUCGGGAUCUUCUUAGGAGAGUGCCAGUAAUCGAAGCACUACCCACGAAGGCAUCGUAUGUUGUUGUCGAUGAGAGCAAGCGUGACCUUGACGGACAGGAAGAAGAAGAGGAAGACAUAGUCAAGCGUAGGAUUGGUUUCCCCAAGGGUGGCUCUAGCAAACGUGCCAUCGGAUUCCCGGGAGGAGGUUCAGAUAAACGUAGGAUUGGAUUCCCAAAAGGUGGUUCCAGCAAACGUGGCAUCGGCUUUCCAGCAGGUGGCUCCGACAAGCGCAGAAUUGGAUUCCCGAAGGGUGGCUCCAGUAAGCGUAGUAUUGGUUUCCCAGCAGGAGGUUCGGACAAGCGCAGGAUUGGAUUUCCGAAAGGUGGCUCACGCAGGCGGGAUGUUGUCGAUGAUGUGGAUGAGUCCUCGAGGUGA